AUCGUUUACGGAUCUGUGCGCAUCAGUGGAACGCCUGAUCUCUGAUAACAAGGACAGAGCCGGGAGGUAUUGAUCUGCGGCAACAUUAGUCUAAUGGGGGCCUGGAUGGAAGCGGGAGUUACUGCACAUGUGGAUGUGCGGAACAGGUAGAAAAGCCGCAAACAAAGGAGCUAUUGUUCUUUAGCCAAACACUUUCUCUCAGUAGUGUGCUGCUGAACUCCAAACAUGACUGAUUCUGACAUUGUCAACAUCUCUGUGAAGUGGUACAGCAUAAUGAAGAGCAGUCACAUGGAUCUGUUCCUCAUCCCCACAGUUCUGCUAACCUCCGUUACACUGCUGGUCAACCCUGUUCUGUCCCUCUGCAUACUGUGUUUUCCUUCGCUACGUCAAGAGACCCGCUACCUGCUCCUUGCUAACAUGCUCUUCGCAGAUAUGCUCUUCCUCGCCAUAAACCUUGCGAUGGUCUCCUGCAAUUCUGUGGGCCUGUACAUGCCCUACUGGUUGUGUGAGUUUAUGAUGGUGAGCAUGGUAAUGACAUACAGCACCUCCGUGUUCACGGUCACGUUGAUGGUCGUGGACACAUACGUGGCAGUACGUUGGCCGUUACGUUACAAAGAGAUUCUCCCACCAUCUCGGGCCAGGAAGAUAAUCAUGGGCUUGUGGGUGAUGGCCGCAGUGUGUCCCAUCUCUUUGCUCGUGAUGUUUCAGGUGGUCAUGGGCAGUGAUAAGAAGGAACGUCCAGUGUGUUUGAUGUUGAUUGCACUGUAUUCGUUGGAACAGAAGAUGAAGGUUGGCGUUCAUUUGUACUUCAUCAUUGGCAUCAGCCUCUGCACUAUUCUCAUUGUGUACUGUUAUAUCCAUCUCUACAUCAUCACCAAGACUUCUGGGAUAUGGCGUAGUCGGUACUCUCGUGCGCGUAUGACGCUUCUGGCACACACUCUGUUGCUCAUGAUGUAUUUUAUACCCGCGUUGGUCUUUGCCAUCGAGCUGGCUCUUUUAAAGGACAAAACUCAGAUUCAAGAUUCAAACUCAGAUAAAGUGGGAGUGUGGAUUAACUUGGUGAACAUGUGCGUUUUGAUGCUGUUGCCACGCUGUUGCACUCCUUACCUGUACAUCCUGCGCUAUCGAGAGAUUUACAAGACUGUCCAGCAGGUGUUGUGGAAAAAGAGAUACCAAAGUCAGAGUGUAACCUACUGAACUUGAAGCAGAGCAAGCCUGCAAAAUAACUGUAUCUGGUUGCUCUGCCGUUGGAGGAUUCAUUUGCAAAAGAGGAAAUUUAAAAGACUUCUGAGCCAGAAAGUGAUUCUAAAAGAAGCAUUUUAUAUUUUAGUAUUUGUUUUGUUACAUUCUAUUAAAGCAUGUUAACUGUUAACAUCAAUGUGAGUGUGUCCCAGCACUGGGGAUGGACAAGUUAGUGCACUCUCAGGGCUGGGUUUGCAGCUGGAAGAGCAUCCGGCGUAAAACGUGCCAAAUCGGCUGUGCGGAUCACUCUGCUGUGGUGACCCCUGAUCAAGGGAGCAAGCCGAAGGAGAGAGAGAGAACUGUUAACAUCAAUGUAUAUUAAGUAUGUUUGGAAGUAUGUUUUUUUUAUAUUUUCAUAUUUAAACUAAAGACUAAAUAAUAUGUGUUGUUAUUUAUCAUAACAAAACUAUAUAAAGUGCAAAUGGGUGAAUCUCACAAAGAAAUGUCUAGGUCACGUUUCCGCCACUAAGUAAAAAAUAAAAAAUGUAAUUGUGAGUUUUUGUCUCGCAGUUGACUGUUUUCUCAGAAUUGUACUCUAUAAUACAAACUCAAAAUAAAGUCAGAAUUGCAAGAUUUUUCUCACAACUGCAAGUUUUGUAUCUCUUUUGUAUCUCUUGUACUUUUGUCUCACAAUUCCAAAGUCAAAAAUGACUUUUUUGUCAGAAUUGUGAGAUAUAAACUUGCAAUUGUGAGACUCAUAUGUUCUCAGAAUUGUGAGUUUAUAACAAUUGCAAGAUAUAAACUUCUCAUUUUUAGUGAAAAAAAAAAGAAUUGUGAGUUAUCUCUCAGAUUUCUCAGAUAUAUUGCAUUUUUGACAUAUACGCAAUUCUGAGAAAAAAGUCAGAACUGUGAGUUAGAAUUAAGAGAAAUAAACUCGCAAUUGCAAAAUUUUUUAACUUGCAAUUCUGACUUAUAGAUGAGAUAUAACUUGCAAUUGUGAGUUAUGAAGUCCGUUUCUCAGGGGGGAAAAAUUGCAGAAUUGCAAGUUAAUAUCUCAUAAUUCUGACUUAAUAACUCGCAAUUGCAAAUUGUGAACUGCAAGAUGUGGACUCACAAAUCUAAGAAAAAAAAGUCACAAUUGCAAGAUAUAAACUUACAAUUCUUUAAAAAAUAAAAAAAAGUCAGAAUUGUGAGUUAUACACCUUGCAGUUCUGCCUUUUUUCUCUGAAUUGUAUAAUACAAACUCAAGAAAUAAACUUGCAAUUGUGAGUUAUAAAGUCUUAAAUGCAAGCUAUAAACUCGCAAUUCUAAAUAUAAAAAUAAAGUCAGAAUUCAAAAUAAAAACAGUUCACAAAUGCGAGUUUGGUAUCUUGCAAUUCUGACUUUUUUUUGCAGUUCUGAGUUUAUAGCUUGAAAAAAAAAAAAACCUUUUUCUCAGAAUUGUGAGAUAAACUCACAAUUGCGAGUUGAUAUCUUGCAUUUUUGACUUUCUUUUUGGGUUAGUAUCUCACGAUUCUGACUUUGUUUCUCUGAAUUUUAUAAUACAAACUCAAGAAAUAAAUUUGCAAUUCUGACUUUUUUUCUCCCAAUUGCAUGAUAUGAAACUCACGAUUGUGUGUUAUAAAGUCAGAACAGCGAGAUAAAAACUUGGAAUUGCGUCAGAAUUCAAAAUAAAAACAAUUCUUUUCUCACAAUUCUAAGUUUAUAGCUUGCAAUUCUGAUUUCUGAGGGGAGAAAAAAGACUGAUAUUCCCAUGAAUCUUCUCAGAAUUGCAUGUUUAUAUCUCACAAUUCUGGCUUAAUAGCUUGCAUUUGCGUUUUAUAAAAUCAGAAUUGCAAGACAUAAACCUCACAAAUCUGAGAAAAAGAGUCACAAUUAUUAGAUAUAAACUUGCAAUUCUGAGAAAAUUAAGUCAGAAUUGUGAGUUUUUAUUUUCUGACUUAAUUUGUCAGAAUUGCACAUUUAUUUCUCAGAAUUUUGAGUUUAUAUCUCACAAUACUGGCUUUGUAACUCACAACUGUAAGUUUAUAUCUUGCAGUUCUGAGAAAAGUCAGAAUUGUGAGAUGUAAACUUGCAAUUGUGAGAAAAAAAGUCAGAAUUGUGAGAUAAAAACCCGCAACUACCUUUUUUAAUUUUUUUCGGUGGCGGAAACGGGCUUCCAUGUAAUUUUCUUGAUGCAAAAUACAGUUUUCAUGUUCUUGUCUUGUCUUUUUUUUUCUUGACAAUUUUUAUGAGAGAUUUUCCCAGCAAUAUGUUGUUAUU